UAGAGUGACAGCGAGCAGCGGAGGCGGCUGUGACUGGAGCCCGGAGAGAAGCGAUCGUUUUGUAGCCAACAAGCCUGGUUUACAAGCCGUGCUCGCACACGAUCGUGCACCUCUAGUAAAAUAAAUCAGAACCUCGAUCGCCAUUAUAUAUAGUUCAAGAUCUCGGUUUAAAUAACCAAACGCUUCAGCGCAGAUCCGAACUAAAGAAAGCUGAGCACAACCGGCCCGAGCAAGCAGCGCCGCUGGGAGAUCGGAAUACGCUGGCCGCGUCCGGGGCGAGUUUUUUUAAACGCCGCCACUGAAGCUGUUGGUUCUGGGGGCACGGCGCUGCACCCCCCCCCGCUUGACCGCCGUGCCGUCUUUGGGGCACCCCCCCUCCAGUGACAGGCAGGUCCAAAGAGCGACACGCCCCUGCUCCCGCGCCAGGAUCCUAUGGGUGCACUGCCCCGGGUGGUGCGAUCGAACUUAGAAAGACAAGGCGGGAAGCAGCAGUGAAGGGUGGGUUCCCAAAAAAAAACCCUCCCCCAGAAAAACCGAUCAGGACGAGCCUUGAAGGGUCAACCCCUGGGAGCCAGCUCCUUAACGCGGCCCGCCCCCCCCUCAUCUCCCCGCGAUGUCGAUCACCAACACGCCCACGAGCAACGACGCCUGCCUGAGCAUCGUGCACAGCCUCAUGUGCCACCGGCAGGGCGGCGAGAGCGAGACCUUCGCCAAGCGCGCCAUCGAGAGCCUGGUGAAGAAGCUGAAGGAGAAGAAGGACGAGCUGGACUCGCUCAUCACCGCCAUCACCACCAACGGCGCGCACCCCAGCAAGUGCGUCACUAUCCAGCGCACCCUCGAUGGCCGCCUGCAGGUGGCUGGGCGUAAAGGGUUCCCCCACGUGAUCUAUGCACGGCUGUGGAGAUGGCCUGACCUGCACAAAAACGAACUGAAGCACGUCAAGUACUGCCAGUUCGCCUUCGACCUCAAGUGCGACAGCGUGUGCGUGAACCCGUACCACUACGAGAGAGUGGUGUCUCCUGGGAUCGACUUGUCAGGGCUGACACUGAGCACCUCUGCUCCCUCUGGACUGAUGGUGAAAGACGAGUACGAGUACGACGGCCAGUCAUCGCUGCCUAGCAUCGAGGGCCAUUCUAUGCAGACCAUCCAGCACACGCCCUCCAGCCGGGCGGCGCCCUCCGAGACCUUCAGCGCCCCCGCCCUCCUGCCCCCCUCAGACGCCAGCAGCUCCGCCUCCUCCUCCACCUUCCCCAGCAUCCCCGUCGGCUCUGCAACCCAAUCCAGCAGCCUGCACUCAGGGAGUCACAGUGAGGGGCUGCUGCAGAUCGCCUCUGGGACGGGACAAGGCGCGCAGCAGAACGGUUUCCCCCCCGCCCCGCCCGCCACUUACCACCACAAUGCCACCUCCACCUGGACGAGAACCAGCUUCACCCCCAACAUCCCCCACCACCAGAACGGACAUCUGCAGCACCACCCCCCCAUGCCCCACCCGGGGCACUACUGGCCUGUGCACAAUGAAAUGGCAUUCCAGCCCCCUAUAUCCAACCAUCCUGCGCCGGACUACUGGUGCUCCAUCGCCUACUUCGAGAUGGACGUGCAGGUGGGCGAGACGUUCAAGGUGCCCUCCACCUGCCCCAUCGUGACGGUGGACGGCUACGUGGACCCCUCCGGGGGCGACCGCUUCUGCCUGGGUCAGCUGAGCAACGUGCACCGGACCGAGGCCAUCGAGAGAGCCAGGCUGCACAUUGGAAAGGGGGUACAGCUGGAGUGUAAGGGUGAAGGAGACGUGUGGGUGCGUUGCCUCAGCGACCACGCCGUCUUUGUGCAGAGCUACUACCUGGACCGGGAGGCGGGCCGCGCCCCCGGCGACGCCGUGCACAAGAUCUACCCCAGCGCGUACAUAAAGGUGUUCGACCUGCGCCAGUGCCACAGGCAGAUGCAGCAGCAGGCGGCCACCGCGCAGGCAGCGGCGGCGGCUCAGGCGGCCGCCGUCGCCGGCAACAUCCCGGGACCCGGCUCCGUGGGAGGCAUCGCCCCCGCCAUCAGCCUGUCUGCGGCAGCCGGCAUCGGCGUGGACGACUUGCGCAGACUCUGCAUCCUGAGAAUGAGCUUCGUGAAGGGCUGGGGGCCGGACUACCCCAGGCAGAGCAUUAAGGAGACCCCCUGCUGGAUCGAGAUCCACCUGCACCGCGCGUUGCAGCUGCUGGAUGAGGUGCUGCACACCAUGCCCAUCGCAGACCCUCAGCCGCUGGACUGAACCACCCCCCGCGAGGCCGAGAGAGGGGGGGGGAGGCGCCCGCCCCCCUCCCCCCCACACUGUGACGCUCCAGCAGAGACCCUGACCCAGACAGACGGGGAGGAACCCCUUCUCUGAACCACGUCAUUGAUAACUGCAGACUUCUGUGGGUGUGGGUGUGGGUGUGUGUGUGUGUGUGCGCGUGUGCGUGUGUGUGUGUGGGAGGGGGGGUCUUUCUUUUCCUACUUCUCACUGGUGAUUAUUAACAUCUGUCCUUUUGCCCUACCCUGCCGCCCCUGUACAGAACGGGAUCUGGACUGAGAUCCGGGGGAUGUGCUGCACCGAGCCACCUGCUUGUCUGUAUUACCCCUUUCCUUUGAACCUCCCCCCACCCCUGCUCAAAGCCCAUACUCUCUCUCCGUAGGUCGUUCUCAUCAAGGAUUCCUGGUUUGUAUUUUAGUCUGCAGAUGGCUGCAUCCCAAGCUGGUUAGCGCGCGGUUGCUGCAGGGGAGAGAUGCGCCCGGGCAGAGCAUCGAGGCAGCUGCAUACAGGGGGUCAUUAGCGCAAAACAGGGCAGGGGGAGGCAGCUGCAGCAGUCCAGCAACCUGUUACACAUUUUUGACUUUGCUUUUUAAAUUCUUGAAAUUUUGGGGGGAAAAAAAACCUUAAACAAAACAAAACAAAAGUGGUGUAGCACUUUGGUGUUUCCUUGUUUUUAUCCCCUCAGUGCCCCUCGGUGGGUUGCAUUCUGAGGUACAGAUACACCGGUGACAGAGCGGUUUUCUACACACAGACACACAAAUAGUCACAAUUAACUACACAAAAUGCGCAAUUUUAACACUAAGCCACCUGUUUAUUGUUUUGUUUUUUGUUUUUUUUUGUUGCUUUCUUCCAGAAAAUUAUUAGAUUCUGAUUCCACAUUAUGUAGUUUGCUUACCUCACUAAAGGAGAUUAAAAUCAAAAUUUUACAGAA